GUAACCGGGAAAAAGGCAUAUGCUACAAGCCAGGAAAUUUUUGAAGCAGUUAAAUCAUUGUGGAUGAAAGGCAACAAAAACGAGUCACUUCCUGAACCUAAAGAAAAAGCUAAGCUAGGAAACACUGCUGAAAUAGAAAUACCUGCAAAAACAGCUCAUGUCCUGAACCACUCAGUGCCUUUGCCAACAGAACUCAGCUCUGAAACAAAGACCAAAUCAGAAUCUACCUCAGGUGCUACACAGUUUAUGCCUGACCCCAAGCUCAUGGAUCACGGACAGUCCCACCCAGAAGACAUAGAUAUGUACAGCACUAGAAGCUGAAGUAGAGUACAUAGAGACUGCAUAGAAAACUACGAGAUAUGUGAAGUUGCAAAUAAUGAUGAAAAAAAUCAUGUUAUAGGUAAAUGA